AUGGAAUUUAGGCCUGGGUUCGCUUUCCCGCUCCCAAACGAGCGUGAAAACCCCCUCCUGGGCCGCCAGGAGUGCAGUGCGGUGUCUGCGCUGCGGCGCACCUGGAAGGUGCGGCUGAAGCCAUUGAACAGGCUGCAAGUGAUAUUGCAACAUUUGAAGAUGUCUAAGCAUACAGAUUUGACAGGUGAAGUGUUGUUGGAAAAGAAAGGAGGUGCGGGAAUAAUAACUUUGAAUAGACCCAAGGCUCUCAAUGCACUAAAUCUUUCUAUGAUCCAACAAAUUUAUCCACAGAUAAAGACUUGGGAGCAAGAUCCUGAAACUUUUCUAAUAAUUAUAAAAGGAACUGGAGGAAAAGCUUUUUGUGCUGGGGGUGACAUCAGAGCCAUCACAGAUGCAGGAAAAGUUGGAGACAGACUGGCACAAGAUUUCUUCAGAGGAGAAUAUACCCUGAACAAUGCCAUUGGCACUUGCAAGAAGCCCUAUGUGGCACUUAUUGAUGGCAUUACAAUGGGAGGGGGAGUUGGCCUCUCAGUCCAUGGACACUUCCGAGUUGCUACAGAAAAGACACUUUUUGCAAUGCCAGAAACAGCAAUAGGCCUUUUUCCUGACGUAGGUGGAGGAUAUUUCUUGCCAAGACUAUCAGGAAAGAUGGGCUAUUACCUUGCACUCACAGGGUUUAGGCUGAAAGGAAGAGAUGUACUGAAAGCUGGCAUUGCUACACAUUUUGUAGAGUCUGAAAAGCUACCUGCCUUAGAGAAAGACCUGAUAGCACUGAAAUCACCUUCAAAAGAAAACAUUGCAGACUUACUGAACUCUUACCAUGUGAAGAGCAAAGUUGACCAGGAAAAGAACUUUGUACUUGAUGAACAUAUGGAGAAGAUUAACAGUCUUUUUUCAGCAGAUAGUAUGGAAGAAAUUGUUAAAAAAUUAAAGCAAGAUGGUUCUCCUUUUGCCACUAAGCAGCUAGAGGUAAUGUCUUCUAUAUAUCUCAUCUGGAAGGGCCAUGACUUCUAUGAAGGGGUUCGAGCAGUGCUUAUUGACAAAGACCAGUCCCCCAGAUGGAAGCCAGCUGCUCUAGAAGAAGUCAGUGAUGAAUUUGUGGACAAUUGUUUUAAGCCACUAGGAAACAACGAUCUCAAGUUGUAA